AUGCGAGAUACAAUAUCAGUUACAUCUUCAACACAAAAUAAUAUUAAUAAACGACGUCAAAAAUCUAAAAAAUCUUUACGAUCACGAAUAAAUAAAUUAAAAUUAUCAUCAUUAACUAAUAAUGAUAGAAUUUCUAUUGAUAAAAAUCAUAUUAAAAAUGAACAAGCUGAAAAAGCAAUUCCAAUUUUAGCUCAAGCAUUUUCAAAUGGAUUUUUUACUGAAGUUAAUUGUCGAAUAUUACCAGAAAAUUUACUUGAUCAACUUGCACAACAAGUUUAUCAAUUUGUUCGAAAACAAGGUGAAUUAAAUCGUUCAUUAAUAUUGAAUAGAUACAUAGAAGAAUCUCUUCUUAAUGAAUAUGUUAAUAAAAUCUAUGUUGGUGAUUUUGAAGAAAAUAAUAUUAAAACAAAUGAAAUAAAUUCAAUGCAUAUUAUAUUAUAUAAAACAAAAGAUGAUCAUCCAUUUAAUCAUGAAGUUUUAAUUGAAGGUGAAAAACAAAAUUUAGGAUGUCGUUGGUCAUUACCUCAUUAUCAAUUUGAAUCACUUUGGGAAACACUUGAAUUUGAUUUACCAUUAAAAUCUCAAUUAAUGCAAUAUGUUUUUACUGUUAUUAGAUUUGAUAAAGCUAAUAUUGAUAGAACUGUUAUUCAUUGUAAUCAAACAAUUCUUCUGUAUGGACCUCCUGGUUGUGGUAAAACAACAUUAUGUAAAGGUUUAGCUCAAAAAGUAUCAAUAAGAAUGAAAGAAUUAUUUAAUAGAUUUUAUUUUUAUGAAUUGAAUGCUGCUUCAUUAUUUUCAAAAUGGUUUUCUGAAUCAUCUCAUAAUUUAUCACGAUUUUUUGAUGAUAUAACACGAAUAUGUUAUGAUCCGUUAACAUUUGUUAUUAUUCUUAUUGAUGAAAUAGAAUCAUUAUCAAUAUCUCGAAUAUCAUCAUUAUCAUCAAAUGAACCAUCAGAUAUGUUACGUGUUGUUAAUACACUUUUAACACAUAUUGAUCGUUUAAAAUCAUUUUCAAAUAUUCUUGUAUUAACAACAUCAAAUUUAAUUGAAAUAAUUGAUCAAGCUUUAAUUGAUCGAUCUGAUUUAAUUUUAUUUAUUGGACCACCUUCAAUUAAAACAACAUUUCAUAUUUAUCGAGCUUGUUUUAUUGAAUUAAUUGAAAAAAAUCUUAUUUAUUCAAAAUAUCAUUCAGAAGAAUUAAAAGAUAAAUUAUGGAAUUUAGCUAAAUUAAGUCAUGGACUUAGUGGAAGAACUUUAAGAAAAUUACCAAUGAUUGCUUUUUCACAUAUUCAACAAUCUGAUCAUUUUAUUCAUCCUGAACAACUUUUUAAAGCUAUGCAUCAACAAUUAAUUUAUCAAAAAAAUACAAAUAAUUAUUUACAACAAUUUAAUAAUCAAUAA